UCACUCUUUACAAUUCCCGUUUACUUAAUUUAAUACUUACACCUCUCCAUUCAUUAAAACAAAAAAUACAUAUAAUUGAUGUCUGGUAAUAACAACCAAACAUACGAACACAAUCAAGUGGUUACGUCUGAUGGUGCUUACUACCAUGAUUCUGACGACCACGGUCGUCUUCGCGACGACGAAAUGAUGGAGGAAUAUUCUGAAAAGGCUCCCCCUCCUACGAAACCUCGUUUUUACAAAACAAAAAAAUACUGGAUUAUUUGCUCUAUCAACACUGUCAUUGUUGUUAUUGUUGCAGUUGUCUUGGCUCUUUAUGUCAUUUUCCCUAAAGUCGCCCAAUCUUUGAUGAACAAGUCCAAGAUUGAUGUCUCUGCUGCUGCCAUUUCAUUCACCAAGCCUGAGUCCUUAACCAAUGCUGCCUACUCUAAGCGUGAUGGUGAUGAUAUGAAUUCUACUUUUUACAUGUCAAUGGAAAGUGAUCUCUCCAAGACCGGUCCAUUCCAUGCUACAAUCAAGUUCCAUAAUCCUGUACAAAUCUACUACAACGAAUCCUACCUCGGUGAUAUCUUCUUUUAUGAAGAAGCUAAAAUUGCUAGUGGUAAAGGAAAGUUAAAUGCUGUCACUCCCUUCAUGAUCCGUGAUCAAGCUGCUUUUGCUGAGUUCUCAAAGACCAUGUUGGCCGUCGAAGAAUUCAAAUGGACCCUUAAAGGAAAGCUCGAUAUUACCGCUCUUAGCAGAACGGCCACAGUCAACCUUAAUAAAGAAAUCACAUUAAAUGGUAUGAAUGGCUUCCCUAAUGUUAAAAUCGAUUCUUUCGGUCUUCCUGGUGAUGAUCCUAAAGGUGGUAUUCUUAUGGAGUUAGGUACUGUCUUAGAAAGUCCUUCUCCCAUCGGUGUCCAACUUGGUACAAUCAAGCUUGCUGUUGCCUAUGAUGGUGUAUCACUUGGUAUUGUUUCUGCUGAUGGUGUCACACUCCAAAAGGGUGAGAACAGAAUUCUCCUCAAGGGUUCUCUUGUACCUCAAAAUGAUACUGCCUCUUUGGACAAGAUCAGUGUUCUUUUCUCCAACUAUAUUGCCGGUGUUGUAUCUACCACCACUGCCGUUGGUGUCUCUUGUGCCCCUGACGGUGUCAACCCCAUUGGCUGGCUCUCUGAGGGUUUCAAGACCGUUAACCUUAAGGUUGGUUUGGGAGCUCCUGCUCCUUUAAAGAUCAUUAAUGGUGUUAGUAUGGGUUACCUUGACUUGAAGUUUGAUCCUUCUGCUCCUUACGCACCUGUUAUCAAUGCUCCUGCUGUUACUGCCAACUUCCAAAUGCCUUUCGGUUUCUCUUUAAAUGUUACUGAGCUUACUCAAAGCAUCACUGUUGCUAUCAACACCUCAAGCACUGAAACUGCCAACUUUGCUGUCAUGAAUGUUCAAAACGCUGCUGCUGUUAGUGAUCAAGCUGCUGGUACCAUCAAGUUUGCUUUGAAUAAUACUACCAUGGCCGGUAUUGCUGGACAAGAAAGUAUCUACAACAAGUAUACUUAUGCUUUAACUGCUUCCAACAACUAUACCUUCAUGGUCUCUGGUAGUGCUACUACUAAGGCUAUGACUCCUCUUGGUCCUAUUACUUUAAGUGGUAUUAACUUCACCGUUCCUACUACUCUUCAAGGUCUUAACUUCUUGAACAGCACUGCUACUGUUAUUAACUCUCUUGAUGUUACUGGUGGUACUGCUACUGGUUUGAAUCUUGCUAUUAAUGUAACCAUGAGUAAUCCCUCUGACUUUGGUAUCUCUACCGGUGAUGUUAGCUUCAACAUGGGUGCCAGUGGUGUCGUUCUCGGUCUUGUUACCUUAAACAAUCUUACUUUGAACCGUGGUGAAAACACUGUUUCUGCUACUUCCACUUUCGAUCCCAAGUCUUCUGAUGUUGGACAAAACCUUUUGAGUACCUUUGUCAUGGGUAGCGAUAAUGCUGUUGAUAUUACUGGUUAUGCCAACUCUACUAGCAUUGUCAGUCUUGCCGAACCUCUUAGUGUUGUUACCCUCGCUUCAACUCUUCCUGGUCUUACUGCUGCUUUGAUUCAAGGUUCUGCUUUAAUUGUUCUUCCCGAUACUCUUACCACUGGUAUUGUCGGUGUUAAGGUCUCUAUUGCUAACCCCUUCAGUGCUGGCUUGAGUAUUACCAAGGUCGUCUCUGCUGUCACGUUUGGUGGUAUGCCCAUGGGUAAUAUUGAUCAAGAUAUUUCAAGCAAUCCUUUUGUCAUCGGUGGCAAAGCUAUUGCUGAAUCUGCUCCUUUCAACAUGGCCAUGAACUUGGAACCUGCGUCCGUUGCCUUGUUGCUCCGUACUCUUGCUGUUCAAUCCAACAUGGAUACCAAGCCUCUUGAUGCCUUAUUUGGUUUGGGUGGUCUUGAAGUCGAAGGUCAAGAAAGUGUUGAAGCUGAUGCUGACCUCUUCACCAACUUUGAUAUCUCCAAGUUCACUACAGAUGCCAUGGCUGCCUUAAAGGUUGAUCUUUCUCUUUCUUCUGCUUUGAAUAUUGGUGAAUACAGUAACGAUUUAGCUUUCUCUCAAGCUGGUGUUGCCGUUGCCACUGAUAGCUCUGUUCUUGGUUUAGUUCCUCUUGUUGGUCAACCCAUUGUUCAACAAAUUGUUGAUGGAUCCGUUCUUUCUUUCAAGAGUGUUGUCAUGUCUGAAGUUACUGAGAAGUCAUUCAAGGUUCAAAUGAAGGGUUCUAUUAAAGACUCUGGACCCAUGUUUGCUACUAUUAGUUUCCCUGCCCCUCUUACUGUUGUGUGGCAAGGCAAGACUAUCGGUACUGUUACCAUGGCUGAUAUCAAUGCCAAGCCUCUUGUUGGUGCUGACUUUGAUGUUCCUGGUGUCUUCACUGUUGCUGAUAGUGGUGCUAUGGGUGAAUUCUCUGCUUAUUUAAUUAACAACCCUGAAUUUGUUUGGGAUAUUACCUCCAGCGAUGUUAGUGUCAAGGCUCUUGGCUUCACUUUCACCAAAAUUGCCCUUCACAAGAUUGUUAAAUUGGCCGGUGCUAGUGGAUUUAAGGAUGCUGUUACCGUUACUUCAUUCGAUUUACCUGCCGAUCAUCCCGAUGGUGGUAUUGCUCUUACUGUUAACACUGUCAUUAAGAACCCCAGUCAAGUUGGUUUCAACCUUGGUGGUGUUGCAUUUGAGAACUUCUUUGGUGAUGUUGAUCUUGGACCCCUCUCAUCCGACGGUGCUGCUGUAUUCAACCCUCAAGGAUCUUCCAAUGUUCCCAUGAAGGGUAGAUUGGUUCCUCAAACUACUCGUGAAGGUAUCAUUGCUGUCACUACUGUCUUUGGCCAUUAUCUUUCUGGUAAUUCUUCUACACUUACUGUUAAGGGUGUUUCCGGCUCUGGUCCUCAAGGUGAGGUUAGCUGGCUUACCGCUGCUUUCAAGACUCUUACUAUUGGCAAUGUUAUCUUACCUGGUCCUGAGAAGAUUCCUGUUCUUAUUCCUUCCAUUGAAAUGAGAAACAUGCAAUUAGAUUUUACCAAGGAUCCUUGGGCUCCUCCUACCAGCUCUUCUCAAGUCGAGGCCCAACUUGCUAAUCCUUUCGGUUUCCCUCUUGGUGUCAAGCAACUUAACAUGAAGGUUGAAGCUACCUAUGAAGGUAAUGCUGUUGCCAGUCUCGAUGUCCCUGAUAAUGCUGCUACCACUAGUCCUUCUGGUUUGAUCACUACUAGUUUCAAGGAUGUUCCUUUUGUUGUUGCCAACAAGCCACUUUUCGCUGGUUUCGUUCAACUUUUGACUCUCAGUCCUAGUGUUACUUUUGGCUUGCAAGGCACUUCCAAUGCUAUUGCUCACACUUCUGUUGGUGAUUUAACUCUUCCUGGUAUCCAUUUCGCUGUUGAUACUACUUUGAAGGGUUUCUCUAGCUUCAACAAGAAGGUAACCAUUAUUUCUCUCAAAAUUUCCGGUGCUACUGCAAGCUAUGUUAUUGUUGAUCUCACUGUUCAAAUGGAAAAUCCUUCUGAUACCACCAUUACCGUUGGUGAUAUUAACUUUGAUGUUCUCAUGCCUGCUUAUAACAAUGCUCGCGUUGGUCUCGUCUACAUGAAGGAUCUCACUAUUUCUCCUGGAUCCAAGACAUACACUGCUACCAUGCACUUGGGUGAAAUGGCUACUAGUGCCGAAGCUGUUGGUGCCAUGUUCUACAAUUACAUGACCGGUACUACUGUUCCUUUGGUCAUUCAAGGUACUGAAAGAUCUACCCCUAUUGCUCCUCUCAAUCCUGCAUUAAAGGCUCUUACACUCGCUUCUGCUGCUCCUGGUACUCAAACUGCUUUAAUCAAGAAGAUUUUUGUUACUGGUAGUCUUGAUGACUUUACAACUCUCAAAGGUUAUGCUUACAUUACCAUUGAGAAUCCUUUGGAUACCCCCAUCACAAUUUUAGGCAUCAAGGCUUUAUCUAAGAAGAACAUUAUUUGUACUGCUUUUACCAAAGAAUUUGCUGGAUACCAAACUGUCGGAACUAUCGAUUUUGUUCUUCCUACACCCGCUACUGUUGGUGCUCAUGAGACUGUCGAAUUACAACCUAUCCCUGUUGGUCUUCCUGGUGUUGUUGAAGGUCUCCAAAGUGCUCUUGGCGAUAAACAUGUUGAUGUUGAGCAACAUGCAGAGGUUAUUGUUGGUAACAACUUCCAUGUUUCCGAUAUGGUCUAUACCCAGAAAAAUGUUCCAAUGGACAUCUAUGUUCCCAUGUUCAGUGAAAUGGACGGAUUCAACGAGACUUGUAUGACUGAUGAUCAUGGCAUUAUGGGUACUUCCCUCAGCGCACCAGUAAUUUCUUCUAAUGCUUCUAGCACAGCGGUGCCUACAUUCACAACAACUGUUGAUCCUGUUACAACUGCUCUUCCUACUACUACUACCGCUGAAGCCCCUGCUACCACCACGGAUGCACCCGCUGCUACAACUGAGGAGCCCGUUGCCACAACUACUGAGGCCCCCACACAAACUGAGGCUGCUCCUGCACCCACAUCUACAUUAUAAUUUUUACCUAGAUAAAAAAACAAAAUUGCUUCUUUUUUUAUCCCCAAUUAUUUCCUUAUACAUUAUAUUUCUUAAUACUUAUCACUUUAUUUUGCACUUUUUAAUAUGUUUUAAUUUUGAAGUUUACAUAAAGCUUAGCAAAUCAAUAAAGUAUGUCCUUCUUUAAUUUAAUAAUA